AUGAAGACCGCUCUCCCCGACCGGCCCCUCGACAUCUCCCCAACGAAGCGGCUAAAAAUAAUAGGUGCUAGACGUGGUGGAACCCUAGGGAGCGCAGACCACUCUCGUCAUCGAAGCAGCAGCGUGCAGUCCCUCGCCACGAUCGCCGAUGAGUCCGCAAGUCCGAAGGAGGUGUCCGGCGCGGCGCCGACGGCCAAAUCGAGACGGGUGCGCACGGGGUGUCUAACAUGCCGCGAGCGGCAUUUAAAGUGCGACGAGGGGGUGCCCGACUUACAAUUCCAAGACGAGUCGAGACUUAUUGCCUCUGAAUAUAUUGGAGGUCUAAACCGUUACGACACUCGUGAGAAGCGGACACUUACGCCACCCCAGGAAAGCGAUGUGGAAAAUGCCCUGAAUCUCCAAAGGCGCCAGCAACAAGAACACUACAACCACCACAGACGCUCGGCCAGCACCAUGACCCCGAUGAGCAUGUGUGAUCCGGCGAAUGUAUCGAUGCGAGCUUCAGCACCGCCACCGGCGUCCAUACGCUCUUUAUCCACCCCAAAGACUUAUCACGCAGACGGGUCACAGUCUGCCGACGUCUCGCAGAUGCACUCUCGGAAAAGCAGCGCUGCAUCAUACCUUGCCGGGCCGCCGUUACAUGCCGGGCCGCCGUUACACGCAGCUGGUGGUUUCGGUCUGGGUAUCCAGCAACCGCUAGGGAACUCAAGGGAUGAUGUUAUUCCGCGGACGAGAUCGCCGGUGUAUCGGAAUGGCGACGCGGGCCCUACUUCAUUACCUAUUAAUGCGCCUCUCAUAGCAUCCGCGUCCGAACCACCACCGCCACCCACCUGCGGCGGUAGCACAGACAACAUGUCACUCGAUGGCAUGGUCACGCCGCCGCCGAGCGAGAAGGCGCUGGGCGACCGGACCUACCUCAACUCGCCCGAGGAAGUGCUCUACAUGCAAGUGUUCGUCGAAGAGGUAGGCGUGUGGAUGGACUCGAUGGACAAGGAGAAGCACUUCAGCCGUCUCAUCCCCUACCACAGCCUCAAGUCGCCCAUGCUCCUCAACGCCUUCCUCGCCUGCGGCGUAAAACACCUCACGCUCGUGAACCCGGCCUACAACGACGACAAGGCCCUAUUCUACUACGACACGGCCACCACGCAGCUCCUCCGCUCGCUGCAGAACCCGGACCGCAACACGGCCGAGUGCGCCACCACCGCCGUCGUGCUCAACGUCUACGAGAUCAUGUCCGAGAAGCCCGCGGCCCGCAUGAACCACAUCGCCGGCGCGCGUGCCCUCAUCCGCGAGUGCGGGUGGAACGCCAAGAGCACGGGUAUAGGCGCCGCGUGCUUCUGGCUCAACAUCGGCAUGGAGGUUCUUUCGUGUCUUGCUUUUAACUGGCAGACGGCGUGGGACCCGGAUCAGUGGGGCGUCGAUAUGGAUUUUACGCCGCCUGAGCCUCGUCGGGGUGGUCGUGGUGAUGAUGACGAUGACCCGGACUCGAGCGCGACGGACGACCAGAUUGGUAAGGAGGAGAUUUGGGUGCAGCGCAUCUUUUAUAUCGUGGGUAAGAUUGCCAACUUUCGCGCGACGAUCCCGAAGUUCCAGGAGGCUUCGCCGCGGGAUGAGCAGGUCAGGUUGGGGAACAGGUUGGCGCAGUGGAGGGAGCUGAAGAGGUUGUGCGACGAUUGGAAUAGUGCUUGCCCGAGGACGAUGCAUCCUUUUGGGUAUUUGUACCCGUCGCAGACCGACUCCAAGUCGGCGUUUCCCAACAUUUGGCUCAUCAAGCGCGCCGCCAUCGUCGGCCGACUCUUCUACCACACAGCGCAAUGCCUCCUCGCCCAAACACACCCCCUCGAACCGGGCCACGCCUCCGAAGAAAUGCGAGCUACCCAGCUCCACCACGCGCACCAAGUGUGCGGCAUCGUCGCACACGUCAAGGACCGGGGCGUGUCGUCUGUGGCGAUCCGCAGCCUCGCCAUCGCGUCGAGCGUGUUGACGGACCCGCGCGAGCAGGACGAGGUGCUCGAGAUUUUGCAGAAGAUUACGAAGGAGUCCGGGUGGGGGCUGGGGAGGGUUAUGGCGGAGCUUAAGAAGGCUUGGGGGAGGGAUGAGGUUGGACCUGGUGCUGGUGUUGGAGCUGGAGGGGGAGGCGGUGUAGGUGCGGGCGAUGGGGGGCUGGCUGCCAAGUUUUUUGGGCCGGGGCAGAGUCCCGGGCAGAAUCCGAUUGCGGUAGUGCGGCAGAGUCAAGCUGGGCAGCAUGUUCCUCCGAAUCAACCUCAGCAGCAACCUCGGCAGCAUGUGCAUCAAGAACAGCAUCAUCAUCACAACCACUAUCGCCAUCACCAACAACCCCAGUAUGAACAUGGGCCUCAGCACAGACCGAUAACGCAUUCCCAACAGAUCCAUGUCCCGACAUCUCAACAGCAGCAGCAACACCAUCAUCAUAUGAUGAACAACGCCACGCAACCGACGCACUCGCAAUCGCAAUCGCAGACGCCCAUCGUUGCCCCGUCGCCGAUGAAGGCGGCUGUCAAUCCGUUAUCGUUUGCGGAUUUCAGCUUGCCGAAUCAUCCUUACCAGAAUUGGUAUGAGCCACCGAGUCGGGCUACGGCCGCUGCUGGUUCUUUUAGCCAGCCUUUCUUCUAG